AUGGAUUAUAAUUCAACUAUCAAAUUUGAUUAUUCAUUUAGUUCAUAUUAUAAAAGUGAAAAAUUUGAAUGUACAGAAAUAUUAAAAUUAAAUCAUACAAUGAUAGAAACAGUUCUAUAUCAAAUUGUACAGAAAAGUCAAACAUGCAGUUAUAUUUUAUGCAUUCUAUGUGUAGUUACACUUUAUAUAUUGAUUUAUCGUUCAGUAUCAAAAGUAUUUAAAAAACGUUUAGAAUUAAAAGGUGUAAAAAAAGAAAAUAAACAACAUAAAAAAAUAAAAAACAAUCACAAUAAUAAUAAAAAAAAGAAAAACUAUAAAUUGAUAUUUGAAAAUUUAUUUAAUUAUCAAUCAAAAAAAAUAAAAAUAUCCCCAAUCAAAUUGAUAUUAACAAAUCAAGAUAAUCCAUUAACUCAUUGUGAUGAAUUAAAUCAACAUAUAAUAUCUGAAUCAAAUUAUACUGAAACAAUGAAACCAUUAAUUUAUGUAUGUAAUACUGAUAUAAAAAAUAAUGAAGAAAUUAAUGAUCCAUCACAAAAACACAAUGAACAACAACAACAACAACCCCACCACCACUAUGAACAACAACAACAACAACAUCACCAACAACAAACAAUGAAUUCAAAUACAUUAGUUACUAAAAAUUGUUGUAAUAAUACAGAAUCUGUAAUUAUUCAACCAAUUACAUUAAAUUAUGAAACAAAUUUAAUAAUAAAUGAAGAGAAAACACGUCGUUCAAUGAAAACAAUCAAAGAUAAUAUUGCAUUUCAAAAUUUAAAAACAGCUGCAAUGUUAUUUGUUGUUGCAGUUGUUUAUAUUGUUACAUUUAUACCAGCUAUGUUAAUGGCUAUACAAUAUGUUCCAUUAUAUUUACCAAUAUUUUAUUUAUAUUAUAUAAAUAAUGCAAUUAAUCCUAUUAUAUAUGGAUUUAUGAAUCCAAAUUUUCGAGCUGAUAUACAUGUACUUAUUUGUCAAAAGUUUAAAUGUAUAUAA